CAGCUCUUUGAGAAGGGAACAAUGAACCGUUGGGAAAUUCCCAUUUCCCAAGUGAACUUGGAUCAAACUGAAAUGCUGUGAGCUGAAUUCUCCCAUGGCUCACAUAUUUCUUCCAUCCAACUCCCACCGCCGUUCGUGAGGAGAGUGGACUUCGAUUUAGCAUCCUCACCACGGCUUUGCCAGCUGACGCCGACGAAACAUCUCCAUGAGGCAUAUAUCAUGGACUACGCUCAGGUUCUGGUCCGGAGCGUUGCUCGUACCUUCUACGAGACCGAACAUGUCGUGAUCAUUGAUACUCUAGUGAGACAUUCGGCGUACGUGGAAUGAUGCGCUGCUUCGAUGUCCAAGCUGACUCGAUGCAGUCUGUCCCUCAGCGACCUUGCGGUUGUUAUGGACUCCGGCAAACAAGUCAAGAACGUUCAAAAGCUAUGCGCCAAGUUACGGGAGGCCGGGCUGGUUUCAGUCCAUGCGCGACAGGAGACCCGCGAGGGCGCGCAGAAGCCCAUAACUCGGGAGUACUUCUACAUCGACUAUCGCCGCGCGAUCGACUCGACGAAAUAUCGGAUCCACAUGCUUGACGAGGAGAUCAAGCGGGAAGCGAGACCGACGACCGAACGGAAAGAAUAUAUCUGCAAGCGUUGCGAGUCGCAGUGGACGCUGAUGGAAGUCCUGGAUAAUCCUGACCCAUCUGGGAGCGGCAGCGGGUUUCUGUGCAAGAAAUGCGGGUUUGGUCUAGAAUUGAAGCACGAUGAAGAUGCAGCCGGUGAGGCCGAUGAUCGUCCCGCGAUGUUCAACAAGCAAUUUGGACAUUUGUUGACUCUGCUGCAACGGAUCGACGAUUCCGUCGUCCCCGAAGUCACGGGAGAAGAUGCGCUUGCAGAGGCCGUCCCCGUGCCACGGGACGAGAUGGUGAACCCAGCCAUGAGAACCACAACAAACGAACUGUUUGCCAAGCCCGCGGCUGUGAGAGGAAUUGCCACAGGACCUGAGAAUAUCGAGAUUGCUAUUACAACACAUUCCGAGACAACUGCGGCAGAGCAAGCUGCGGCCGCCGCCCAUAAAGAACGGAUUGCGAAACAAAAUCAACUACCGGUUUGGCACACACAGUCCACAGUUACCGGACCUCCAACAAUUGCCGGGCAAGCGGAUGGAGGUUCACGAGACGAUCAAGCUGCCGAUGGAGCAGCCCAAUCAUUCGGGGACGAAGCAGGGGAGGACAUCAAAGACCCCAGUCUGGAUGCCUACUUUGAGCAACUCAAGGCCGAACAAGAACGACAGGCGCUCAAAGAGGCGGAAGAGGAGGAGGAGGAGGAGGAGGACGAUGAAGAUGAAGACGAAGAUGAGGAUUUCGAGGACGUCGUUGCCCCUGCUGUGAAUGGGACGUCAACCGGACCUGAACUCGAUGACCAAGAACGGGAGGCGAAGAGAGUGAAGAUCGAGUCGCCUCCGGCAAAGGUGGAAGAUAAAGCAGGAGACGACGAGGAAUCGGACGCUGAUGACUUUGAGGACGCCUUGUAGUCGAUCAAGGGCUCCUAACCUUCGGUGGUAGAUGUUGAACAUGUAAAAAGUGAACUUAUACCAGCGAUGAAAGUCGUGAAUAAUGAACGUCUUAAUCGUGCU